AUGCUCUUCAACUACAUAGCCAUCUUUGCUGCAGGGAUCUCUGCUGCCUUGGCUCAGACGAUCGAGCUAGGAUUCCCUCAGAAUGGAGAUAACUUCUGCCCCGGUCAGGUGGUGACCGCUCAGGUUAUUCUACCGGGAUCUAUGGCACCUGUCAUUCAGGUUGGCAUUGCCUUAGGAAUCCGUAGCUGCGUGAACGGCUUUUGCCCCGACCCUGCAGACGGGUUAGAAUAUGUUCUCUAUGCAGGCCCUUGGACGCCUGAACCCCACGAUUCCCCUAAUGGCAACUACCAGAACUUUACCGUCACCAUACCAUCUUACUUUCCUGAGGGUCCUGCUAUCUUUACGCUCACACACUUUUACCUCAUUGGGUUGGUUUAUGCCCCAAUGGUUGAAUAUCGCAACGCGACGGUGAACAUCGUGUAA